UUAAAUAAAGUUUUGGGAAUAAUACCAAAAAAAAAUCGUCAGUGGAACCUUUGGUCAAAAACGGGGAACAUUUUAUUGAGGCGGACCAAGAUGGCCGCGCUGCGGACGGUAACAAGCUACCUUCGUCUCCUUAGGAGUUCUGCUCGUGUCCUGACAAGAAGCAGGAAACCGGGGACAUGGACAAAUGUUCUGUACACCAGUAUAGCGUCUAUGACCGUCGGCGGUGGGCUGUGUGCGAUACCUUUUAGACAGGUUGACAAUCUCUCACAUGAUUCUCUGAUCAAACGAGCAGCUUCUCUGGUGACCGACAGUUCAAGCACCUAUCUCUCUCAGACCACCCUCGCUCUUAUAGAUGCCAUCACAGAAUAUGCAAAGGCUGUGCACACACUCAUCGCCCUCCAACGGCGAUAUUUGGACGCUUUGGGUAAAAUGACUCCAGGAGAAGAGGACACAAUCUGGCAGGUGAUCAUUAGCCAGCGUGCGGCGGUUAGUGACAGACAAGACGAAUGCAAGCGCUUCGAGUUAACCUGGAUAACUGCAUUCAAGCUGUGUGAAACUGCAGCAGAGGCGGCAUACACAUCAGGAGCUGAACACGCGUCCAUCGGAGUGAGGACAAACAUGCAGGUGGCCCAGACGCAGGUGGAGGAGGCACAGAAACUGUCAGCGGAUGCAGAUAAGAAGCUGGCUGCGGCUAAAGUAAUGGAGGUUGAGAGGAUGACACAGUAUUCUGCAUCCUUAGAGAAUACUAAUGAAGAGGAAGAGGUGCCUGAGGCUUAUCUGAGAGAAGACUGAGACACAUGCACUAAGGUGUUAGAAAACCAAGUCCAAGUUUUUUCCUUCUUUUACAUGUUUGGCUGUGGGACAUGUAGUCUUAUAUGUCUCUUUUUAUCUGCACUUACGCUGCAAUGCUGAAAAAGUGAAUCGCUGAUUUUGGGCCAAUUUAUCCAUAAGGGUUUGGUCUUUAGUGACUAUUUAUUUGAAUAUUGGUUAUCAUCUGCUUCCAGUGCGUAGAGGAUUGUUUUCUCUAAAUGUGAUUAUUAUGUGUUUUGUGCAGUAUCAUCUUUUGUGUUUUUUCUAUGUCAAAGUUCACAGAAUAAAGACAAGACACUGAUCAAACACCA